AUGUCUUCCCACAAUGACCGUCUGCCACCGCAGCCCAGCGUUACUAGUUCAGGUGACGAUGGGGACACGCGGCGACUUCACCCAACUCUGAGCAAUUCAGCGACUGAGGAGGGGCGCUACCGGAGGCUAUCAGGGGCAUCAUCGAGUUCACAACAAACAUCACACAACCCAGAUCCAUCCAGAUAUCACCAAGCCCGCCAACCUAUAAAUGACGCCGUCACUUCAGCCUUCAACACCGCCGAUGCUACCUCUUAUGGUGGUUUCUCUCCCGAGUUGCUUCAACAAAUCACGUCGCAGAUCACGGCAAAUGUUUUGCAACAGUUGAAAACCGCGAAUCUAUAUCCGCCUCCUCAUCAACCACCGCCGGUCGGCUCCCAGAUGGAUACCUCCUCGUCCGCUGCCGGCUCUCCGCCGUUGGAUCGAGCCACAGUCUACACUCCCCCCACUCCCCAUCGAUGUUCCGAAGAUGCUGGUGUAAGUCAGGCCUCUCCUCAGUUUCCUCCGCCUUCCAGUCAGUCAUCAUCCUUCCGGGCCCCAUCGCCUGGCGUCGAAAGGAGAGCCGUCUCGCCUCUGAGUCAGACGGGCCAUGUAUCCGAAAAUGAAGCAAAUCAGACUCGGCCCAGAGGCCCCGGACGCGUGGCUACCCGUGAAGAUGCAACCAUAUUGGAACGAGUAUGGGGUCAACUUUUCACUGAGCAGGGUGAGGCUACUCCUAGGCUGGGUCAGUUCCUACGUGGAAUUGCUACCUACCUCAUCGAAGAUUAUGAGCCCAAGCACAGCUUGGUCAUCACUCCUACGAAGAUGCAACGAUAUUACGAAGACACAAGGCUUGCCAACGAGUUUUACCCUUGGAACAUCAUCUUUGACGACAGAACUUCCUCGAUAUCUCGGAUGUUCAGAGAGAUUGAGUGCCAGCACCAUCUUGUUCAAGAGAAGUUGAAUGAGCGGCCAGACACUCCUGGACUCACACCUCAGGGCUUCGAGACCUGGGCGACAUUGCUCUUGAAAGCACAUCCCGAUCAAGAGUAUGAGCGACUGGCAAAGACGGCAUUGGAAAUGCCCAUCAGCAAUCCUGAUGAGAAGAAAGAGCGGUUCCCGAAAGAACUUUCCAGGCGACUCUUCCCCAAGCACGGUGAUACUGAGAUUGCCUACAAGCUACAGAAGGCUAUGUCGACGCAUUGCAAUGUCAGCUUCGCUUCCCGCCACAGCAGCAUGGCGGACUCAACCUCCCGGACGUCGACUUCGACGUCGACCGCGACUGUCGUAGCUGAGGACUCAUCCACCAAGACAAACUUGAAACCUCCGACAGACAAGCCAGAGCAUAACAGCAACAACGUCCAACCCAGUCCAGUGUUGUCUCAAGCCAGCCUAGAGCGACAACGACAGCCGUACGGAGGGACGCACUCGGAUGGUGUGAACGGUGACGUCACAGACGAGGGCGACGAAGGCACUACUGUUUCCCAGCCAAUCGAGCGAGAGAGAAAGCCCUAUGUUGCUGCGCCGGGCGGCGGGAAGAAUUACGAUAAUAUCGACAGACCAGCCGCACUGCCUGAAAUCAGACCAGGACCACCUCCUCAGGAACCCAGACUGGGACGUUCGAGCUCUCUCAAUGCAGCGAGCAGAGCAACUGAUGCAUCAAGAUCAGGACAGCAACCCAUCUCUCUCCAUCAAAGACCACCGCCUCCGGCAAUGGAAAUCCCCGAGUCUCGCCAUCACCGCUCCAACACUACCUACCACAAAGACCCUCCCCAAUCUGGUCGCAACCGAUCGCCCUCCAUGAACAAAGAAAGUGGUGCCUCGUCACAUACGAGAAGGACGGACCCCGACGUUUCCUAUAUGUCUUCGUCGCAUCAUUCUGAUCAUCACGACGACACGAGACGGUACAGAGAGUACGAGGCCGGGCGCGAACGGCUAGCUAAUGACCGCUACGACGCUGCCAGAAUGUCCGCAUAUGACCCUCGCGAACGUGAUCGCGACCGAGAUGGCCGCCCACGUAUGCAGUCUGUUUCGAACGCUGGCCUUGGCUUCGUCGACAGCCCACGAAGUCCGACUCUCCGCACUACGGGGGGGACGUCGCUCUAUUCCAGUUCUCUACCCACCGCAGGUGGGGAGGAAGAAUAUUACCUCAACCGCAUGCACACAGGCGGGGCUCCACCUUCUUACAAUGGGCACAGCCCGCCUUCCUCCAUUAGCACUGGCUUUCAACCUCCUCCACCACCGCCGCCGCCGAUGAUUAGGGAGUCGUCAUCAACGAGCAGAGACUCGGGAUAUCCGUCAUACCCGAUUAAUCCGGGUUAUCCGCCCACAAGCUAUCGAGAAGUGCGGUAG